GGAAGGUUGAGUAGAAAUCAGCUCCCUCUUUGCUAUUCUUGUUAGCCUUGAUCAUCAUCAUCAUCAUCAUCUGUAGAUGAACACCCAUAAGAUAGAUUGCAGAGAACCAGUUAAUCAGAACUAUGGAGUACUGAUCACCAAUGAUUGUACUUCUUCUUCUUCUUCCCAAUUAAUUGGAUUCAGACAACCUUGGCAGAUGGGAACUUGUGUUCCCAUGGAGGGAGGAUCACAGCAGCAAUAUAAUGUGCCUACAAAAUCAUCCACCACCACCAUUAUGAGCCGCUUUGAAUCACCAGCUUCUGCCUUUUAUGCAACCGAACAGUGCAUGGGAUUUCCACAGUAUGAAUGUCAACCACCUGAGAAUAAUCCCUCUUUAUGCUCCCAAUUUUCCAGGGCUUAUGAUUCUCAGUUGCCUUCCUAUCAAUCUUCUGGAGAAGAGUUUUCCACUGAUUCAGCAAACCAAGCUGGCUACAACUUUGAUUUGAGAAACACCCUUCAGGCAAUAGUGAAAUCCCAGUUCUCUAGUAAUCAAUACUAUGGAUCUUCUGAAAAGUCCAAUAAAAUUUCAUCAUCUGGGUGUAAGCUUCUUCUUCCACAUGAACAAAAUAAGUUGCCUGGUGAUGAUGAUGAUACAAUCUAUGGUGGGGGGCACCUUUUGAUACCUUUUAAAGGAAAUCAGGAUCAUAUGGGUAAUUGCAAUUCAUAUAAUUCCCAGCUUCCACAGCUGAGCUUCUCCUCUCAGCAAGAGAAGCAGUCUCCAAGAUUUUCUGCUGACAGUGUAUCUGUUACUUCUGGCAACUCUGCUUCAACCAGUGCAGCACUCUCAAGUAAAACAAGAAUAAGGUGGACUCAGGAUCUUCAUGAGAAGUUUGUUGAGUGUGUUAGUCGCCUUGGGGGUGCUGAGAAGGCAACGCCAAAGGCAAUACUGAAGCUGAUGGACUCAGAUGGAUUGACCAUUUUUCACGUGAAAAGUCAUCUCCAGAAAUACCGAAUUGCAAAAUACAUGCCAGACUCAAUAGAAGGAAAAUUAGAGAAAAGAAACAGCAUGAAUAAUGCGCCCCAGCUUGAUGUUAAAACUGGCUUGCAAAUCAGAGAGGCACUGCAAGUGCAGUUAGAUGUCCAGAGGCGUCUUCAUGAACAAUUAGAGGUUCAGAGAAAUUUACAGCUACGAAUUGAAGAACAAGGGAGGCAACUCAAAAUGAUGUUUGACGAGCAACAGAAAACAACCAGUGGCCUCUUCAAGAAUCACAAAUUGGAUACUUCCCCUGCUGAACCAUCAAUAAGCCUUAAAGAUGUUGAGGUUUCAAUUUCUGAAGGUUAUGGAAAUUCCAACUUCCCAUCAAAGAUAAGUUAGCUCCUCAAAGCACCCCAUUUGAUCUUUUCCAUAUAUAUACAGUCACCUGGAAAGCUUUGGGGUCUUUUGCAUAUCAGCAGUUAACAAGUCAUGAGGUUCCUGCAAACAGGAUACAAGAAUUUUGCAGAGGCCUAAUUAAGAACAGCAGUGUAUUUGCUUAAUCCUUCAAAGUGAAUUCAGCCAAUCUCUAGUUAUGAAAUGUGCAUGUGAGUGCACUCAUCCACAAUGAACUUCUGCAAAGAAAUGCUUCAUAUCCAUUGCGCAUAACCCGUGCACAAAUAUCUCAGCAUUGUUCUUUUGA